CCUUUUUUUUUUCUUUUUUCCUAAAAGAUUAUUAGAAAAACCAGAAGAGCUCUUUGGAUCUGUUCUCUGCUUGGCCAUUUAAAGUAUCAUUUUGCAUCCCAAGACCCCUUGGACGAAGGCAUGGGUUCGAGCUGGUCGAUUAUGUCACCAGAAACACUUUGUAACCCAGGGGCUUUGCACUGACUGAAAGUGCUUUUGAUCUUUUGCAGGAAAUACCCCUGCAGGAGAAGUUUCACCUUCAGAAGAAACCAUUAUCUCAGCUUCAGAAAAACUUGAUGAGGAGAUGGAGUCCUUAAGGAGAAGAACUGAAUACCUGGAGAAACUUGUCUUUUUGGACAGAAAUUCUGUAACCUUCGAUGCUGACACAGCUCACCCUAGACUGGAAGUCUUUGAUGAAGGAAAGAGUGUAAAGGAUACAGGGACUAACAGAGAUGUGGCCAUGAAUAGCAAAAGGUUCGACUCCCACAUCUUCAUCUUGGCAACCGAGGGUUUCAACACUGGCAAGCACUAUUGGGAAGUGGACGUGGGAAAGAAAAACAGCUGGGAACUGGGAGUAGCUUCUGAAGCUGUGACUAGAAAAGGGACAGUGAUUCUCUGCCCCAGAAAUGGCUUUUGGGUCAUGGCUCUGUCUGACGGGGUAGAGUACUGGGCCUGCACUGACCCUUGGACACGUUUGAAUGUAAGGUCGAAACCACAAAAGAUUGGGAUGCUACUGGACAUCUCAGCUGGACAGCUGUCAUUCUACGAUCCCCAAGGUCAAACGACUCUGUAUACUUUCAACAUUGCUGAGAGUGAUAAGAAAGGGAAGUUCUUUCCCUUUUUUUCCAUGGGUAACAGCGCUGGAAAGAAAGACCCUGAGCCACUAAAGUUGUGCUCUUAAGGUGAGUAGGCAUCUUCAUGGAGAAAACUGUCUUGCUGUUUUGCCUCGUUCUCCUCGUAUCUUCAUGCCACUGCUGAUUUGCACAGACCUUGGAACAGAUUGUGUGUCCCUUCAUUCAGAGUGCCUCCAUCAUUUCAGGAACUGUUAAGGUGAAUCUUUAUUGGCCCUUCACUCUCGGGCUCAUCAGGACACGUUGGGACUGCAUCUUCAUGUAGGUGCCAACCUGUCAAACAACAAUCUCCAUUUUUUGCUUUUAACGUGAAGAAUAAAAUCACUAUUUUCCCAGACUGA